AUGGGAAGUGGUGGAGUUUCGGAGCCGCCCCAUUUCUUAGACGGCUCCCAGAGCCUCCGCUCUGCGCGAAGCGUCAUCGGGGGCCGGAUGUUACUGAUAGACCGCCCGUCUCGAGUAUGGGAGAGCAGCCCGUCGGAGGACGAUGCGAUCAUGGAGCUCUCCAAGGAGGUCUACUUUCUCGACGGCGCGCGGGAGUGGACGCUAAGCUCGCAGACCACGUCUCUUCAGCUCUUUAAGCGCGACGAGAUCCUGGCCUCCUUCAAGCGGCGGGACGACAAGCUCUGCGCGGCCUGGCAGCUAGCGCGGAGCUGCUGCUCCGACUUCGACCGCGGCUGGCAGGAGCGAGGCAUCAUACUCGAGGAGAUCUGCAAUCUGCAAGUUCUGCGUCUUGCACGGCGCGUCGAUACUCUUCGUGAACUGCCAGAGGCAGCUUCCGGCCGAAGGAGGUCGGAGCGCCGGGAAUCUGCGGUGCUCGAAUUCGGCAAUUGGCACGAGUGGGACGGCGAGCUCCGGUUGCCAUGCGCAGUUGGUGUGAGUGACGCAGCUUGCGGCUGCGGACGGGCGAGUGGAGCAGCUGCGGAAGGCCGGCGAUGUGGUGCAGCUGGGAUCGAAAACCCACUACGCUGCGCAGAACCUGGGACUGGGAGCACAGACCGCCGACCACUGCGUGCGCCGCACGGUGCGCAACGGCUGCUGCCAGCUCGAUUGGCUGGUGAUCGAGAAGGUCACCCAGUGGACACAGGCCUUUGGGUCGACGUGGCCUGCGUGGCACUGGAUCGCGGCGUGCCUGUGCUGGACAGCUUCGCCGGGGCGGUGGAGCGGCCGCUGGACAGCGACCUACUGCGGGACCUCGCGGGUGGCCACUGCCGCGGGCUGCAGAAGUGGAACGAGGUGUUGCCAGCAAUGACCUCUGUGAUGCUUGUACACAAGACCAUGCAGGAGGCUUUGUCAAAGGCGCAGACGCAAAUCUUGAG